CGGCGCCGACGAGCCGCCGUUGGACGCCGUGGAGACGGUGUGGCACUGCGUGGACGUGGAGCCGGCCGGCACCAGCCUCUCGCCGGCCGAGCAGCACGUCAGGACCACGAUCGGUGCCCUGUUCCGUGUUUUGGUAAACACUCGAGACGAACUGGCGUUGGCAGCUGCCUGCCAGGCACCCGGACUGCAGCUGUCCAGCCAGGACUUUCUUGCCAUCCGUCGCGCAGCUAGGACACGCUCCAUGCCCAUGUACCAGACGGUGGUGUCCCACGUGCGCCGGGUGGAGCUGGGCGGCCAGAACUACCAGCCGGCCGCGGACUGUCCGUUGCACGCCAGCACGCCGGCGCUCCGAGGCCUGGUCCACCUGGUGCACAAGCUGCACGACGUGCUGGAGGAGGAGCCAGAUCCCAGGAAGUGCUGUCUGCGCCUGUUGUCUGCCAUCAAGAGCUGCGUGCUGAAGGGCAGCCGACUGCGGCCGGCGCUGGUGGAGCGGGUGACCGCCGAGCUUCGGCAGACCGUAGAGCGGGUCUGCAGCGACUACGGCCAGCAGCCGGACCCGGCCGUCAUCGGAGGCCCCCCAGUCAAGGCGGUGCGGGACCUGUGUGACCGCCUGUCGUGUAGCAGUCCGCCGGUGGUGGACCACCUGAGCGUGCUGGAAGACGCCGUCGGCAGUCCCACCACGCCCGGCCGCACCCCGCUGGCACUACCUUCCGUCGUCUCCCUGUUCAGGACCCCGGUCGAGCUGGACGAAGACAGCGGUGACGUGACCGGCCUGUCUCUGGAGGAGCGCCUUCGCAAGAAGGGUGUUGCGCGCACGGAGACGCCCACCACAAGCAAGAGGUUGGUGCUGGCUGCUGCGUUUACUGCAGCGUCGCGUGGGCGUGCCUGCUUGGAUGGCGUCGUCGUCGGGUAA